AUGGGCAUCACCACAAGGGAGCAGCAGAUUUUGGUGAUCGCGAUCAACAUCUACAGUACCCUUCGAAGGAUAGCAGUCACCGCCAGAGAAGGAAGGUGCUGCACCGCCUGGACCGAUGCCCGCCUUCAUAUGUACCAAGACCUUUCUCAUCACUGCAUGUCUGCAUGUCUGCAUGUCUGCAUGUCUGCAUGUCUGCAUGUCUGCAUGUCUGCAUGUCGUGCCUCUACAACUCAAGCAAAGACCGUUCCUCGUACCCAUAACUCAGCGCCGGUGCCUCCAGAACUACUCCCUCCACUCCCCCCACCCUGA